UUUUUUUUCAUUCUUUCCUCAACCAUGCAAAGAAAAGAAGUAGAAAACGUAAAGCACACCCUAAUGCACUCCAGAUUGCAGUGCUGACCGAGUGGGCAGUAUAGGCAAAAAAAAUCAGAGAGAGGUAACAGGCAGGGGGCACAAAUCACGCUUUCUCUUCCUCCACACGCUACACUAAUCUUCGUCUUCCUCCUUCUUCAUUUUCGGCAGACACCACAGAACACACCAAAUCAAUCUUCCCCUAUUCUGUCCUUCUCAUUCUUUCCCACUGCAUCCUCUCUCUCCAUUUCAAACUUAAAUUUUAUGAUUUAUUUGUAAUUAGGUUUAAGUAUUUAUUUUUUAGUUUUGUGUGUUACUGAUUUUUUGUUUUCUGUUGUCAUAAUUUCAGUUUUAUUGUGAUAAAUUCGGUUUCUAUUUGCCAGUCAGUAUUCUGUGCUCUAUCCGGUCAGUAUUCUGUGCUCUAUCCGGCUUUCACGGUUAUUUAAUAGCCUUUUCACGUUCAAUUAAAGUAACGAGUUUAACAGUGUAAACAUCACCGUGUGUCGUCUUCUGUUUUACAUUCACUCCCUCGCGCCCGGCGCCCCGCGCCGCCGGGAGGAGAAAAGAAACCCUCCGCCUCUGUAAUCGAAGGUUUCUCUUCAUUCCGCAGAUGGUCAUGUUCCUUGUUCUGAAGAAAGAUAAAAAAAUGAUAUGCACCACAAGGUGCCUAGACCCGCCGAUCGAAUUGCCACAGGAAUUGAGCUUAACUUGUGAAAUUUCCAAAAAUAAGAUACAUAGUCUUUCUGAAUUUCCCCAAUUUUCACUAACUCCGGUCCCAAAUAAUUUACGCGAGAAGUCUGAGUGGGGGAACUUUUUGAAUUACCUAUGUAAAAAAGACAAGGUUGCUCUUAUAACCUUUAAGCAGUACCAGUUUUACAUUCUACCUCCUGCAUUAGUUUCAACAUCAAGCCCAGUCAAUGUUGCAUAUAAUAUAGAUAAUACAGGUUCUGUAGAUACUCGUCCAAGGGAUAGUGAAUCAGAUGUUUCCUUAGCAGGUUCACAGUUAGAGGAAUGCGGUGGACCAAAUACAGCUGAAGGUCUUAAGUUUUCUCGAGCUGAAGAAACUUGCAACGAAUAUCAGUCUCGAGUCCCUCUAAAAAAUUUCAUACGGGCAGACCCAAGUUACCUUAAAACUCUUGGCCAGGCUCAUUCUGGAUGGAUUUUUGGUGCAAUUGCUGAGCUUGUUGAUAAUUCCAAGGAUGCCAAAGCAACUAAAAUGGACAUUUUUGUAGAUAUCAUCCAGUUGAAGAAAUCUCGGAAGGAUGUUCCGAUGCUGUGUCUUAUUGAUGAUGGUCAAGGGAUGAACCAUGACGAGGUUAUGAAAAUGGUAUCUUUUGGGCACAAGCAAUCUGAUAAAGUUGACACGGACCGCAUUGGCAAAUUUGGUGUUGGAUUCAAAACAGGAGCAAUGAGGCUUGGGAGAGAUGUUCUGGUUCUAACACAAACAACUACUUCCAGAUCUCUAGCUUUUCUUUCACAAUCAUUGAAUGAAGGCAAAGAUAAUAUUGAAAUUCCCAUAGUCAGCUAUUGCCGACAAGGACAACUUAUGGAAGUUGACCUAAGUAUGCAGUCUGAAGCUUUGGCAAAAUACAAUUUGAAAGCUAUUAAGGAUUUUUCACCAUUUAACAAGUAUCUUAUUGGUGAAAAGGCAGCCUUGUUUGGUACCGGUACAGGAACACAAAUAUACAUAUGGAACUUGGAUGAAUGGGGAUCAAAGUAUUGUUUAGAAUGGCAUGAUGGACUAAAAGGUGGGAGUUCUUUUCACCAAGGUGACAUUCUUAUCCAAAGCAAGAGGACUCGUUCUCGUCCAGGCCAGAUUAGUCAAAAGGUACCAUUGGAUUACUCACUACGAGCUUAUUUAGAAAUUAUAUUUUUAGUUCCUCGAAUGAAGAUAAGUGUACAAAGAACGUUGGUUAAAAGUCGACCAUUAUCAAAAUUCCUUACUCAAACUGUUGUUGAAACUGGUGACAUCUUGAGAAGGCCAGUUGAAUUAAUUCUUGGAUUUAGUCAAUUAGAGUGGGAGCGGGCCAACUGUGGAAUGUUUUUGUAUUGGCAUGGUCGCCUAAUUGAGGCUUACAAGAGAGUUGGUGGAAUGACUCAUAGUGCAGAUGUUGGCCGGGGUGUAAUUGGUGUUGUUGAUGUGACCAAUUUAAUGGAUGACGAGGAUGGUCGGGUGUGGGUACACAAUAACAAGCAGGGAUUCCAAGACUCGGAACAAUAUGCAUGUCUUGAGCAGUGGCUGAGUAGAAAAGUGGAUGAAUACUGGGACAACAAUUUUGACGCCCUUGAGUUGAACAAAGAUAAUUGUGUCUUCAAACCUGAUCAUGAGUGGGUUCAAUGUGACAAGUGCAGAAAGUGGAGAAUAUUACCUACAGAUUUUGAUAGCAGAAAAUUGCCUUUGGAAUGGUUUUGUUUUAUGAAGCCUUUCAAAGGUCAAUGUUCAGAUUCCGAACAGAAGAUGGCGCCGGGCAUAGUUAAUGUUUCCACAAAGAGGUCGGGUUAUGCUUGCUUGUUGAAGGAUUCCAACGAUAAAAAGCUGGAAGGUGAUAGGAAAACCUCUGGCGCAGAUUAUAAAUCAAUCAAAUAUGAGGAUGCCAAAAUUCCAGCAUUAAAGCGGUUGAGAAAGGGGCUAUGGAAACAGUAGGAUUUUGUUUUGGGUGAAUAGGAAAACAGUAGGAUGUUAGAACUCCAACUAACCUUAGAUUGGGAUAAGCUCACAACACAAUCUUCUUUCUUUUUUGUGGGGGCGAGGCUAUGACAGCAUUUGGGAUUAGAAUUCCCUCAGGUUUUUGAUGGAGGGACAUAGCCUCCAUUCAGCCCAAGUUCAAGUUUUGACGACUGACAUUUUCAGGAAACAGGGAUUUCUGCUGAAUGGGUAAUGUAAAUAACGUUACCAGCAUGUAAAUGAUUCAUGUAAAUCUGUAUCAAAAGAAAACAUCAAGUUGGACCUAUUUACCAGCAAAUUGUUUUCGUAAA